AUGACGAAGCACUACGCGCAGACGAUAUGCCUGCGCGACGGCGCCGGCGUCGUCGAUGAGUACAAGGCGUACCACGCGGAGGCGUGGCCGGAGGUGUGCGACGCGCUGUCGGCCGUGGGCGUGGAGGAGAUGAGGAUAUGGCUCGUCGGGCGUCGACUCUUCAUGGCGAUGUCCACCUCGGACGCGUUCGACCCCGAGGUUGACUUCCCGAGGCACAUGGCGAUGUCCCCGCGGUGCGUCGAGUGGGGCGCCCGGAUGAGAGCGUUCCAGACGCCGCCGCCGGAGGCGAUGGAGGGCGACUGGUGGACGUACAUGGAGUGCGUGUUCGACCUCGGGGCGCGCGACCGGUCGAAGCCCGGGUAUAGAAAUAGCGACUGA